CACAAAUCCAAGCAGUUGGAGUGUUGGAAAUAGUUUACCCCAGAUUACCCCAGUCAUCAAUGAAAAUGGAUUGCUACGCUGCAGAUAUGGCAGAGUGGCAUAAACUGCCUUUCAGCUCAUGGACAGAGUCUCAUGUCAGUUCCUGGUUGGAAUCCAUUGGAAUAAAAGAGAAGUACAUACUAAAACUGAAAGAAGAAGAGGUGACUGGAAAAGUCCUCACAAGUCUACAGAGGGACUAUCUCAGCAAAAUGAUUGGAAUGAAAAGUGGCCAAAUUGAACAUUUACUGAAGAAAAGAGACGACAUAAUGAAGACUGAACUGUCCAAAACAAAGACAAAAACUGACACAAGUGGUAAAAUGAGAGAAGCCAAAAAUUUUGUUGUUUCAGAAGAACAUCUUGACAAAGAUGUGCAAAAAGACUCUAGUGCAUGCAAUGACAUUAAAAAGAAGAGUGUGGCUUUCUGUGAAUAUCGGAAAUUUGACCAGCGUCCAACAAAUUUUCGAUAUGUAAAGCACAAUUUGCUACCCCCAGAGACAGGACCUGAAAACAUGGUUGUUCCAUGUCAUGAAUAUAAGUCACUAGAAACUGCACACAAACUGGACUCAAUAAGACUUAAAGCAAAAGUGGCAAGUGAAGUCUUGAGGUUUGCGUGUGCAUGUAUGAAUAUGAGAGCCAAUGGAACAAUUCAUUUUGGCAUAAUGGAUAACAUCAAAAGCACUCACAGGCAUGGUGAAAUCAUAGGGAUACCAGUCCAAAGUCAAGAAUGUUUUGUUGAUGCAUUAGAUUAUAUAGAAAAAUGUUUUAAAGGAUCAACUCACCAAAGUGAUGCUAGGAAAUGCAUCAGGAACCCCUGCUUCAUCGAGGUUAUUGAUAAGGAAAAUGCAGAGAAAACAUGGGUUGUUGAAUAUGACAUUGUUCCAAAAGCCAGCAUUGUUAAAGGUAAACUGUACUCUGUUGGUGUUCCAAAGUUCUCUGAGAAGGAUGGCAAAGUGAAAUGUGAAGAGACGAUCCCAUAUCACAGAGUAGGGGCCAACACACCACGGAUAUCCGAAGAUGAACUAAUUCCAUUUAUUCAAGAUCUGAUAGAGAAAGACCAACAAAGAGAAGAGGCAGAAUCUUCAAGCAGUGAGACGGCUCUAGAAUUCAAAGAAGAUCAAAAAAGAAAGCUGUCCAUCCUUCUAACAGGAGGAAAAGCACACAUGGACAAUUCUCUGUUUUACAUAGUUGUGACAAACCAAAUACAGCCCGAGUACCUUGACAGCAUAACCUUCUUGGUUAACAUGAAUCUUUUUUGUGUGUUUGACUUUGACCCUGAUUCUGAAACAUCUGGCCUUUAUGGUAAAUAUAAGGAGAAGAAGGCUGCAACCCCACAUUUUCUUAAAGAUUAUGAAAACAACAAAAGACUGGAUAAUUCUGAUCUUAUUGGUACUUUGAAACUCUUUGACCGAGUUAGUUGGAUCUAUUGCAAUGGACGAAAUAACUUCCCUGGUGAGGAGGUUCCCUGUGAUGACAAAACUUGGAUCAAAACAAGAAAAAAAAAGAUGAAAAAGGCUGUGUCCCUUAUCUGCAAUGAAAUCCUCCCCAGGCGUUCAUUUGUUGUCCUUUUUCUGCUCACGUCGGAUAUUCAACAGCCUCUUGUUGAGACUUUCCAUGAGUUUUAUGCAGAAAUGAAUGGGCACGAUUGCUUAGCAGUCAUUGCAGAAUCCAAGGAAAACUAUAAGAAAUGGUCAAGUCUUGCUCAGGUCUCCUGUCCCAUCUCUGAACUCAAAGAAAUCAGCAUUGUUGACAUGCCACUGAGUCAUGUGGAUGCAACAGUUCAAAGCAUUCAGCUAUCCAAGAACCAACCAGAAAGGAAAUUACCAGUCUCAAAUGGAGGUUUGUGCUUCCUAAAGUCUGUUGAGGAGGCUAUGCUAGACUCAUUGGAAAUCAUCAGUGUUGACCAGUGUGAUGACACAAACCUAGAAAUCAUGAGUGACGAUGAAAUCAAAGAAACUGAACUCUACUUCUAUCGUGGAGGAAAAAUUAACUGGAUUAACUUCUGGCUUGCUGACAAGAACAAAUGUGGAGUUAUCAUUGAGCGGGAUGCCUACAAAGAAGCAAGCACAAUCCUGGACAAUGUGGUUCAUCGCCACAGAGCUGCACGUCCCAUUGAAAGUGUUAACAUAUAUCAUCAUCCUGGCAGUGGAGGAAGCACCGUAGCACGACAGAUACUUUGGAGUAGGAGGACACAAGUACGAUGUGCAGUUGUGAAACAGUUAAAAGAAGCAAAAGAAGUCCCUACUGUCUGUGAGCAUGCAGUGAAACUGAGGGAACACAAUGAGAAUGACAAAAACAACUGUCUUCCUGUGCUCCUCCUGCUAGAGGACAAAAAUCAAGAUGAUAUUGAUGAUCUUCGACGGCAUCUUGGAAAUGUUAUUGCAACCAAAAAGAUUAGUCCCUCAGUGCUGUGCUUCAUACUGCUCAUUUGCAACAGAUCAAAUGAUCCAGAAAGAAAGUGCAGGGCAUCACCAUCUCAAACUGUAGCAGUCACACACAAACUAUCAGAUCAGGAAAAGCCUAUGUUCCAGAAGAAGGUUGACCAACUCAAACUUAAAUUAAAAGACGACUUUAAAUUUAUCCUCACAUUUGUUCUCAUGAGUAAAGAGUUCCAACCAAGCUACAUAGAGGAUUUUGUUAAAAAUCUUUUGUACAAAAUUGACCAUACAUCACUGAUCACUCGCCUCAUCAGAUUUGUGGCUCUACUAAAUUGCUACAUAAAGGAUUCAUACUUAUCUGUAUCACACUGUGAGGCCUACCUUGGCAUUGCUCCCCAUGUAGUUGGAACUCGGUGCCAUGCCUUUGUUGAUCAUCUAAGUGACGAGGCUAAGUUAAUUUUUAUCCAUCAUAUAGAUGGUUCAACGCAUAUCCCUGUAAUAAGUAUCAUUCAUCCCCUUGUGGCCAGAGAAAUUCUGAGUCAGCUCUCUGUCAAUUUGCCUCAAAGCUCUAUUGCCAUGGAACUCAUCAAUGACGAUGUACUCAUCAACCACAGGUUUGACAGAGACCAGUUCCUAAAGGUUCUAAGAGAUCUCUUCAUUAGACGCAAUAAGAAAAGCAGGGGAGAUCCAAAGGACACAACUUUUUCACCGCUUAUUGAAAAAGUCAGCACUGAAAGAGGUGGUGCUCAGAAAGCUGUUGACCUGAUGAAAGCUGCAUUCAUAGCACUAGGAAAAGAUGCUUAUGUGGCACAACAACUUGCUCGGCUGCUUUACACAAAUGAGAGAUUUGAAGAGGCUCUUCAGUGGGCAGAGGAAGCAAAUUCCCUGUCUCCACAUGACACAUUCAUUCUUGACACACUGGGACAAGUUUACAAGUGGUGGUUUUACCAUUUGUAUGAUAGCCUUGAAGAAAAAGAGCCUUCCCCAGAAAGGGGAGUUGAAAUCAUAAGCAUUGCACUCAAAGGAAUAUCUGCUUUUCGAGCAUCUGAGAAAACACCAAAGAAAGAGACAGCCAUCUUUAACAAUUCAUAUUAUGGAGAAGUGGAUGUUGGCUGCAGGCUGCUGGACUUCUUGUCAAAAGUUGAUGUUUUUUCAAAAACUACAGGACGUUCAGAGCUGAUGAACUACUUGCUCACAGACUACAUACCAGAAGAAGUCAGAAUACCCUGGCAGAGGUUUCAUCAGCAGCUAAAAGGGUUGGAAAAGAGCUUGACACAAGCUCUGGAGUGCAUUUCUGAAGACCUGAGCUACUUUCAGACUGACAUCAGUGAAGAGGAUGAGGAACUUGAUGCAAGAGAUCCAGAGCAAAUUUACAGUCCAAGAAAAUGGUUGAGAAGAAAAAGUGCUGUAUAUGCAGGAUUCUUUUGUAGUAUACAAGAGAAGAACAAUAAAGCAGCUGAUGCACAAAAUCCAGGAAACAGACUUUCACCUUUUCAAAGGCAAAUGAGGACUUACAAGCUCGGAGGAGGAAAUGUCACUUCAAUCCUCUCGUUACUCUACGACAACGACCGAAAAAGCGCAGGAAAAAAACUUGAGGACAUCAUGGACAUGUAUCCAGAAAACCUGACAUGGAAAAGUCUUGAUGAAACAGAGCUUACAAAUUUCAUAUUUUGUCAAAUAGCUCUUAAUUAUAUUGUACCUGGCUCCUCUAAGCUUUUAUCCCUUAAACAACUACAAGAUCUCAGCAAGGGAUUUAAGACAAAAGGGAAAUACAUGUCAUCAGCAAGUGCCCUUUUUCUUCUCUCUCUCCUGUUUUGGCCUGACAACAGUGAAGAAGCGAGUUCUGCUGAUGUCGAGAUCCUUCUAUUGGCCAUUGAUGCACUUCAGAGACUCUGUGAACAAAAACUUCAACAUUUGUCUCAAAGAAAAAGCAGAAUUGUCACACACUUCUUCCUGGCAAAGGCAAGAGGUCUAAACAAGAUCCUCCAUAGAAGUGCUAUUGAAAAGCAGAUCAAAGGAACUCUGAGUGAAAAAAGGCUAAAAUGGCUCGGAGGAGAAGUGUGGAAAACCAAGGAAGUAGUGCAACAACUGAAACGGAUUGAAGGGUGGACAGAAAAUGAAAACUUGUACGUUCGAUGUGGGCAAAAAGACAGAGUAAGAGUCUUUCCUCGCUACUCUGGCUCUAUGCCUCAUGGAAAUGAAAAAGUCACUUUCUACUUAGGCUUUUCAUUUGAUGGUGUAGUUGCGUUUGACAUUCAGGUGAUGAAGUAAUAUGAACUCUGAAUUUAUUUUAUCUUAAUUUAUCUUAAUCAGGAAAAAAACACACAUGAACUGCAUAAUAAUGUAUCGCAACAAUAAAGCAAUUUAUUUUAGAUGUAUUUGCUGACCAGACUGAGUAAAUGUUAGUAGCAUAGACGACAAGUUCACUAGAGUAGUCUUGUUCCACAAUACUUAAUUUUAUUCUUCAGCUUUUUAAUUUGUAUUUUAUCAUGCAUAAUACAUUACUUGAUAUAUUGUUUAUUUGAAAAAUCAAAGACGCUAGUAACGUUAUUUAUUUCUGAAACAUACGUUGUAUUGAAAUAAUAAGUAACCAGAUUCCUUCACAAAGAGAGUCAACUGUGGCAACAUGUUCUGGGCAAUAAACAUUAACAGCUCUUCUAUCUGCAAAAGCAGAGAUAUAGUACCAAACAGUGAAACAUUGUCCAAAAUAGAGAAAAACUGUUGAUAGCAUAGAAUUAGCACUAUGCAUGAAGCUAAGCAAGUGUGGUAGACAUCCUGCUUUAGAGUUAACGUGUUUGUUUCUAUCUAUCUAUCUUAAGUGCUUUUAAAAUGUAUUUUUUAAAUCAUUUUGUCAAGUGGCAUCACUGGAAUAAGAUUCACAUGUCACUUUUGCUUUCUUGUGAACUAGAAUUAGGACUAUCUAUCUCUCUAUGGUAAUUGUGUAUCUCUGCUCUUUAAAUAGAAUAAUUAUUAAUCUUUGAUGUUGUAUUUAAUCGAGUUUUGAAUGAUUCAUUGUCCAAACUAAAUAAAUGUCAAAGAACAAUUA